GCAGAGGCACAAUGAAGGGGAAACUUUCUAUCAACGUGGUUACUGCUGCAACCACAAUGGGCUCAGUGAAAUCAGCUGUACUGUCUUUUCUUCUGUUGUCGUUUUUUCUUUACAUAGCUGAUUCUUACCCCAACAUCGACUUAUCAAACAUGGGCUGUGAGGAAUGCACACUGAGGAAGAACAGUGUUUUCUCGAGGGAUCGUCCAGUCUACCAGUGCAUGGGCUGCUGCUUUUCCAGAGCGUACCCGACACCUCUCAAGGCCAUGAAGACAAUGACAAUCCCAAAGAACAUCACCUCGGAGGCAACAUGCUGUGUUGCAAAACACAGCUACGAGACAGAGGUGGCCGGCAUAAGGGUGAGAAACCACACAGACUGCCACUGCAGCACCUGCUAUUUUCAUAAGAUCUGACCGAUGACAUCUGGAGACCUUUCUGCACCUCUUAGCUUGGCAACAAAAUUCUGGACACUUCUUUUAAUAUGAACGAGCUCUUCUCUGUUUUAAAAUGUAUGUUCUUGAGUUGCUAGAUAAUAUUUUUGUAGCUACUGUGUGUCUGUGAUGUGU